AUGGAGCGGAUCAGUCUGGACCAGUCUGCUCUACAGGCAGUGGACGAGUAUUGUGAGUACAGGAGGAUCGUGGGAGAGGAUGAUGGAGGAACAUUGUUCACGCCACAGCAGUAUGAGGAGUACAAGAGGAGAGUGGUCCCCAGGCGCAUACAGAACCGCCUGUAUGUGAGCUAUGGUGUUGCCGGGGGCCUUGACUGCAAACUGAUCGGCCCCGAGACCCCCUGCUUCUGCACACACAGGUACAAGCAGCACCAGUCUGAGUAUGAGGAGCUACCCACACAGCGCCCCCUGGUGUUGCCAUGCCAUGUGCAUGGCUGCCCGUGCUCACAGUACCAGUAUGUUCCUCAGAUGGGCUCCCGACCAGUGCGCUGCAGGUGCAAACAUCUGCCUGAGGAGCACGAAGCCACCAUGGGACACCUGUGCUCCAGAUGCAGCUCCUGUCGGGGGUUCUACAGUCCCUCUACCUGUGGGUGUGGUCAGCCCUACUCCGCCCAUCGCACGCUGGUGGAGAGCAGACAGGAGAGGCAGGCCCGUGGAGCUCCUCUGGGUUGGGACGUCCCGUACGCGGCCAUGGGGGGUUUGACAGGGUACAGCUCUCUCAUGGACGGAUACCUCAGACUGGACAGCAGCGGAGCAGGACACACGGGGAAUACAUGUGAUUGCCCCUGCUGGAGUAAGGCCAGGUGCUCCACAAGAACUACCAUUCUGAACCACCAGAUGCUCAACAGCGGAUCAGAGGAGGAAAUCUACUUAAUGUAUCAAUCCAGGGCUCAUGACAAGGACAGAGAGAGUCCAAAUCCCCCAAAAUCUGAAAACAUCAGCUCACCAUCAGCAGAAGGCACUCACUUGUAG